GUUUCGGAGAGGCUGAAGCUUGGACUGAUCGCAACAGAACUGGAAGUAGGUCUCGGACGGCAUCAUGAGUAGCGCUGGGGAAGCGGUCGUGCUGGUUGCUGCUGCAAGGACCCCGGUUGGAUCCUUCAGUGGUACAUUGUCUACCUUGCAUGCCCAUGAGCUCGGUUCUGUAGCUGUGAAGGAAGUCUUGAAGAGGGCAAAUGUCAAGCCUGAAGAAGUAUCUGAAGUUAUAUUUGGCCAAGUCUUGGCAGCAGGUGCCGGUCAGAAUCCUGCUCGACAAGCCAGUGUUGGUGCAGGGAUUCCAUAUGCGGUACCAGCUUGGAGCUGCCAAAUGAUAUGUGGUUCGGGUCUAAAAGCUGUAUGCCUGGGAGCUCAGUCCAUUAUGACAGGAGAGUCCAGUGUUGUGGUGGCUGGAGGCAUGGAAAGCAUGAGCAAGGCACCGCACAUCAUUCAUAUGCGCAGUGGCGUGAAGAUGGGAGAUGCCUGUUUGCAGGACAGUAUUAUCUUAGAUGGUUUGACAGAUGCCUUUUAUCACUACCACAUGGGUAUAACUGCUGAAAAUGUGGCCAAGCAAUGGAAAGUCAGUCGAGAGGAGCAAGACCAUCUGGCUGUAAACUCGCAGAACAAGGCUGAAAAUGCUCAGAAGGCUGGCUAUUUUGAGAAAGAGAUUGUCCCUGUUCUUGUUCCUUCUAGGAAAGGUCCUGUUGAAGUUAAAGCAGAUGAGUACCCCCGCCAUGGUAGUAACUUAGAAGUGAUGGCAAAACUAAAGCCUUACUUUGUGACAGAUGGAACAGGAACUGUGACUGCAGCAAAUGCUUCAGGUAUUAACGAUGGUGCCGCAGCUGUAAUUCUUAUGAAAAAAGCGGAAGCGCUCAGACGAAGUCUUACACCUUUGGCACAGAUUGUGUCUUGGGCUCAAGUUGGUGUAGACCCUUCUGUAAUGGGGAUAGCACCUGCCCCAGCCAUAAAGAAAGCUGUUGAAAAAGCAGGUUGGACAAUGGACCAAGUUGACUUGUUUGAAAUUAAUGAGGCCUUUGCUUCACUAGGUGUAGCAGUAACGAGAGAGCUAAAAUUGAACCCCGAAAAGGUUAACAUUGAAGGUGGGGCUGUUGCCCUUGGUCAUCCCUUGGGAGCAUCUGGAUGUCGCAUCCUUGUUACUCUGGUGUAUGCACUGGAGCGAACAGGCAAAAAGCGGGGAGUUGCUGCCUUGUGCAUAGGAGGAGGGAUGGGCAUAGCUAUGUGUGUAGAAAGAUAGCAAACAUUUCAAUUUUGUACUAAUGCAUAUCAUGCCCUGAAUUCACUCAAAGCUCUGUCUGAUUUUCAUUCAGUUUUAUUUAACAUUACUGCACACAUCUACACUGCCUGCUUCUGUCAUGUUAAAAACAUAAUAGGACCAGCUCAAGCUUUAACAGAAUUUUCCCUGCUACAGGAUGUACUCUCCUUUUCCCCACAGCAAGGUAUAUAGAUUUCCAUAACUGUAAGGAUUCAGAUAGUUAAUACUACUAUGAAGGGUCCACAGCUUAGUACAGUAACAAACUAGUGUCUUUAAUCACUAUUCACCCUCUCCCCUAGUACAGGCAAGGAUUUAAUCAACAGGGUUUUCAGUGCUGCACACAGGAUAAGAAAGUAGUUCCUAUUUGUGUCUACUAGGAGCUCCAGGCACUCAACCCUCCCUUCAGUUCCCUGCCAUACACAGAGAAAUUGAGGGAGAUGUCCACUUUGUGACAGUUAGACCAUUCAUCUUCUCCCAGUCGCAAGCUCUUUAAGAUGGACUACAACAGUGACAAAUACAAAAUCUGGGUCUUAUAUUAUUUAUUCACUAGUUAACCACCUUCUGAGUGGACAGGACUUUUAACAGUUUGUUUUAUUAACAUACCAGUAAA